GAUCCGAGGGAAAAACCGGGGACUCAGUUUAUCACGUACCGAGAAAUUCUUCGUUUCAGCAUCAUCACCAUGUUGUCCAAUUACAGCCCGAAGCACAGUCUAAUGCUGAAUUUUGAUAGAGCUCAUCGUGAACAGCCAGAUUCGAAGAAAGGGGGGAUGAGAUCCGGGUUCAUCUGCAAGAGACACAGAAAAUAAAAAACAUACGAUCCGUUCAGCUACCUGGCGCUUAACCAGGAAAAUCACUGCUGGAGUGGCCAGCAUGUCACGAGGUGGCAGAAUCCGAUAAUGUGUGAUUGCGUGUAGCAUCGGCGCAAGUCGAAUUUCGGUCAUAUUCCGUGUCUGGAUAUUAUUCCACUAUUUUUUAAUUUUUCAGGUUGGAUGCGAUUGUUCCCUUUACGUCUGGACGAUGCCUGAAGCCCCAGGUAUAUAUAAGGGGCUCGAAAGUCCUUUGACCAGCUGGUUGAUUUGACUUUGUUUGUUCCUUUCUUUCUUUCAUCUACUCAUCACUCAAUUGCAUUCGCAAUUUCCCAUUAAUACAUAUUUCACUUGCUCCACAUAUUGCACCCAAUUGCAUAAGUGCUGCGAUCCAUCCAAAUUAUCAUGUCUGUUCCUACCACUCAAAAGGCUGUUGUCUUUGAAUCCAACGGAGGUCCAUUGCUCUACAAGGACAUUCCCGUGCCCACUCCUAAGCCCAACGAAAUCUUGAUCAACGUCAAGUACUCCGGUGUCUGUCACACUGACUUGCACGCUUGGAAGGGAGACUGGCCAUUGGACACUAAGUUGCCAUUGGUUGGUGGCCACGAAGGUGCUGGUGUUGUUGUCGGAAUUGGUUCCAACGUCACGGGCUGGGAACUCGGUGACUACGCUGGUAUCAAGUGGUUGAACGGUUCUUGUUUGAACUGUGAAUUCUGCCAGCACUCCGACGAGCCAAACUGUGCUAAAGCCGAUUUAUCUGGUUACACACAUGACGGUUCAUUCCAACAAUACGCUACUGCUGAUGCCGUACAGGCUGCCAGACUCCCCAAGGGUACUGACUUGGCCCAGGCUGCUCCUAUCUUAUGUGCUGGUAUCACCGUCUACAAGGCUUUGAAGACCGCUCAAAUCCAACCAGGUAACUGGGUAUGUAUUUCCGGUGCUGGUGGUGGAUUGGGUUCUCUUGCUAUCCAAUAUGCCAAGGCCAUGGGUUUCAGAGUCAUUGCAAUUGACGGUGGUGAAGAAAAGGGUGAAUUUGUCAAGUCAUUGGGUGCCGAAGCCUACGUGGACUUCACUGUCUCCAAGGACAUUGUCAAGGACAUCCAGACUGCCACUGACGGUGGCCCACAUGCUGCCAUCAAUGUAUCUGUCUCUGAAAAGGCCAUUGCCCAAUCCUGUCAAUACGUCAGAUCCACCGGUACCGUAGUGUUGGUUGGUUUACCAGCCGGUGCCAAGGUUGUUGCUCCAGUGUUCGAUGCCGUUGUCAAGUCCAUCUCCAUCAGAGGUUCUUAUGUCGGUAACAGAGCUGACUCUGCUGAAGCCAUUGACUUCUUCACAAGAGGCUUGAUCAAGUGUCCUAUCAAGGUCGUCGGCUUGUCGGAAUUACCUAAGGUCUACGAGUUGAUGGAAGCCGGAAAGGUCAUUGGUAGAUACGUUGUUGACACCUCCAAGUAAACAAGCCGUGCUAGAUAGUGCUUUGUUCUAUUCCACCUCGUGUUUUAUUUACCUUUUAACUAGUGCUAAUUUACGAAUAAUGUACGUUAGAAAAAUUG